UUCUUCCUCCUCUCCUUCCUUCCUGCAGCCUCGGCCCUUCUGAGCUGAAAAAGGAAGAUGAGAAGCCGCCGCUGCAGCCCCGAACAGAACCGACACUGAACCGAACCGGACCUCUAGUGGAAUGUCGGCGGAGCGGCUGCUGUCGGAGCGCAGGCCGAGCCCAGCUGCCGAACCCCGGCCCUGAACGCGACGCGACCAGCCUGGAGCAGCGGGGCGGGUGGAGCUGCAGCCCCGCCGGGCCGGACCGAACCGAACCGAGCCGAGGAGAGUUCCUGUCAUCCACCGUCCUGCCUGCCGGCGAUGCAGAGAAACCUGCGGGACUAAAGAGUCGACCGCAUCCUGAAACCAGAACCGAACUGAAGCCCGCUUCAGGUGGCGGCAUGGAGCGCUCCGGCAGCAUCCAGCUGGACAUCCCUGACUUCAGCAACUCUGUCCUGUCGCACCUGAACCAGCUGCGGGUCCAGGGCCGCCUCUGCGACAUCGUGGUCAACGUCCAGGGCCAGAGCUUCCGCGCGCACAAGGUGGUCCUCGCCGCCAGCUCGCCGUACUUCCGCGACCACAUGUCGCUGAGCCAGAUGAGCACCGUGUCGCUGACGGUCAUCCGCAACCCAUCCGUGUUCGAGCAGCUGCUGACCUUCUGCUACACGGGCCGCCUCUGCCUGCAGCUGGCUGACAUCAUCAGCUACCUGACCGCCGCCAGCUUCCUGCAGAUGCAGCACAUCAUCGACCGCUGCACCCAGAUCCUGGAGGGCAUCCACCUGAAGAUCAGCCUGGCUGACGUGGACGAGGCGACAUGCGACGACGACGACGACGCCCCGCCGCGGGCGGCCCGGCCCGGCAGGACCAUGGAGGCCAUGGUGCGCGGUGGCGGUGGCCAUCACUGCGGGCUGAAGCUGCUGGGCGCCAGAGGCGGCACGGAGGCGUGCGAGGUCAUCAGCCCGGCGGAGGAGCCACUCAGCCCGCCGCCGACCGUGGAGCACAGCGGGCUGGUGGGACCUGGCGCCACCAGCAGCAGAACCAGCAAGGAGCCGAUUCUCCGGAUCAACCGGGCCGGCCAGUGGUACAUGGAGACGGGCAGCGAGCCAGAGAGGACCGACAGCGCCGAGGAGGGCGGCGGCGGCGGCGGAGCAGGCGGAGGCGUGGACCGCAUCAGGAUCAAAACGGAGCGCAUGGAGGACUGGAUCGGAGCCGGAGGGAACCAGGCGGAGGCGGCGGCCGCAGAGGAGGGCGGAGCCACGGUGAUGAUUGACACGUCGGGCCGCAGCACGCUGAUGACGGCGCCGCUGGGCGGGCUGGGAAUCCGCAGUGGACAGGCGUCCUCCAGCUUCAGCGAAACGGACCGGUUCAGUCCCACCGGCAGCGUGGUCGUCCUCACCGAGCGCCAGAGAGCGAAGAGCGAGUCUCCGAGCCGAGCCGACGAACUGCGGCAGCCGAGCUCUCAGGGCGAGGAGCACGCGGCGUUCGACAUGGGCGGCUACGAGGAUUACCUGAGGGAGCAGGUGGGUGAUCGCUGGUUCCGCUACAACCCGCGGCUCACCUGCAUCUACUGCUGCAAGUCCUUCAACCAGAAGGGCAGCCUGGACCGCCACAUGCGGCUGCACAUGGGCAUCACGCCGUUCGUCUGCCGCAUCUGCGGGAAGAAGUACACCCGCAAGGACCAGCUGGAGUACCACAUCCGCAAGCACACCGGCAACAAGCCCUUCCACUGCCACGUCUGCGGGAAGAGCUUCCCCUUCCAGGCCAUCCUCAACCAACACUUCCGCAAGAACCACCCGGGCUGCGCGCCGCAGGAGGCCCACAGCGCCUCGCCCGAGACCACCACCGCCUCCGUCCCGUCCCGCGGCGGCGGCCCGAGCGACGAGGCCUCGCCCAGCCAGGAGGAACCCGAGGCCGGCGGCGGGAGCAACAGCGGCCAUUACGCAGACGGCCCUCAGACCUCGGUUUCCACCACGGGGCCCGACUGACCCGGGCGGAAACGAGGCGAACGCCACGCCGGUCCCGUCUGAAGUCAACGCACACCUCAGAGUCCGAAAUGAGAUUCUUACCGCUUUAAACCGCAUCUACCUUCACUAACCAGACAGAACAGAUUAAGCUAAAGAUGAAGAAUUGCCACACACUCCUACAACCUCACACACACACACAACGCUCAGCGGCGCGCCGCCGUCGACUUUAUGUUGCAGGUUUCUACUUUUUGGAUUUCCGGGUUCACAACGCAGCAUCACGACUAGCGGUGCACCGAUUACCGAUUCCGGCCGGUUCCGAUUUUUAUGUCUGAAUUUUGCUAAAUAUCGCUGAGUUAGCAACAGUGGGUCAAACCUCUCUUACUCUGGAGCAGAAGAGGACAGACCUUUUCUUGAGGAAAUCGGGCCAAUUUAUCGGUGCACCUCUAAUCCCAACUGUCCGGGGGAGAAGGAGGGCUUUGCCAAGAUACUCAGUGCCAGUUUUACGGUUCAAAUCCUUUUUAUUUGCCUUGAGACAAUCCGGAGCAGUCAGGUUAAUAAUAAUAAUAAUCAUUGCGCUCCAAGUGCCACAGCGAUGACUGUUUCGUUGGAAGAGUUACAUUUCAGCGCCCCUGGAGUUUCAGACUUCGUCACAUUUCAUUUUUUACACUACAAACAAAAAACUGCAGCUCUAACUUUUCCGUCAUCAGUUUCAAGACAUUUUGCUCCGUUUACAGCUUUAUUCAUUUAUUUUUGUUGCUUACAGGAUGGUGGCUUCAAAUAUAUCAGUUUAGAUUAUUUUGACUUUCAUAUUUACUGUUUAAAUCUUCAUCAUCAAUAAUCAAUAUCUGUGAUAAAAAGAAAUCGUUCGGCUUUACCAAUGCUGAAUUUGUUGGUUUAAAAUGCUAAAUCAGUCACAAAGUACGACAGAAAAACUAGGGAUGCUCGACAUUAGCAUCAACAUCGGUAUUGACCCAUAUUAGCUGUUUUACUGAUAAGUAAAACUGAGACGAUACAAACAGACAAUGUUUAUUUCCAUCUUGUUGCCGUUUUUUUCUGGAGGGAGUUAGCCAUGCUAACAAAAAGCUAGUUAAGCUAAACCUAAUGCGCUAUAAUAUCUUUAGAAGAUAUGUUUUGUUUAUAUCUUGUUCGGUCCAUCUUGUUUUGUUUCUUUAUGUAUGUUGCUAAAACUUAUUGAGGGAAAACAGAGAGAACGUGAGGGCAGGAAGUGAAACAGUUGCGUAAUCGGCCUUCAUCCACUUCAAAAUAAAAGCAUGAAUCUAACGUUGAACUAUUCAAAAAUAAAAAUUAAAAGUUUACAAAACAACCAAUAAAAUUGGUGCUUUAAAAUGAAUCCAGAAAUGUUAAUUUAGGCUAAGUUAAGUGGGAUAAACGACUAAAAGUUAGCUAAAAAGCUAAGCUAAAAAGUAGCUCGGCUCUUAGCGAGUUAGCGGACGUUAGCAUUUGAGAAAAUAUAUAAUAUCGGUAAAUAUCAGUUAUCGGCUGUAGCAGCAAUACUAAUAUCAGAUAUCAAUAUCAACCAAAAUUUACAAAUUUUGGUUGAUAUUUCUCUUCUGAAAGAUAUUUUAUUUUAAAAUUACAAUAGCUAUUGUUUAUAAUUAUCCUUAAAGAAUAAUUGUACUAAAUAAAUAAUAGUAGCUGUAAUUCAAAUUAAAUGUGCAAAAAAUCCGUCUAACAGAAAGAAAGCAUGGGAAUAAAAGACGUCUGUGGAGAAAACCAGAGUUGGGCUAAACAAUGUUUUGUAGAGAAUAAUUUUUGUUUUUAGGUUUUUCCUUUUAGGUCUUUAUUAAUUGGUAGCUGAGCAGAAAGCAGAGCAGAGGGAUCCGAACCCUGGACUGUCGGCUACCGAUCCACAUGAUUUUUACAAUUCCUGCCUUUUUAAAUGUGAUAUUUGAAGCCAUCAUCCGCAGAGAAACUCCAGUCUCGCUGGUUUAUUAGUUCAAUUGGCUGUGAAAUAUUUAACCGGAUCAUGUUGAUGUUUGCUAACUGUGGCGGUGAAACCUUCCAAGUUUCUCAUAGAUUCAGCCUGAACCACCUGGCAGCGGGACAAACUACCGAACAAACUCCCAGUAGGACAGAAACAGUCUCAGAUAAGCUACACAGCUCGAUAAUUACCUCUCAUCACUACGCAAUACAGCUGCUGCUCACUCAGCACCACCGGGGGGCGCUCUGGUCCCCGUCAGUCUUCUCAGAUCGGUUUUAUAAACAGGUCUUGGUUUCUCUGUCAUCACUGUACACAUCUGUGCUUUUGACAAUGAAGCUUAUUAUUUAAAGGAGGAAAUGAUCAGAAGUCUGUCGGUUAAUGACACAUUAAAUCUUCUGCACUCCACCUGAAAUAUAACUGACUGUAUAACUUUAAUUUUACCAUAACAAUUAAAACUCCUCUCAACACCUUGUUUAAUAAUACAGCUUACUGUUAUAAAUCAACAAACUAUUUAUUAUGCUUAAAUUGGCCAUAUAUUACAUUUAAAAUAGUUUUCUAAAUCAAUCCAUUUUACAAAAAUACAACUUAUCUGGGCCUAGAAAAAAAAGAAUAAAAUUUCAAAGACUUUAAAGAACCCAAUUUAGUCCUAAAAAUCCAGUUGGAUUAAAAAAAAUCUAAUUUUUAUCACAAGCUGUCUCAAUAAAUGUAAUUAAAUGCAAUUAAUGAGUAUUAAACCGAGCUUAAUUUGGUCAGUUAAACUGUAGAAUGACUUCAAUCCAACAUUAUUCUGUUUCCUGGCUAACAUUUUUAGAAUGAGCUAGUGGAAUAAACAUAUCUAAAAAAUAACUUAAAAUCAUUUUUUAGGAAUUAUUUACGUUAUUAAUUUGAAUGUUUCAAGGUUGAGACUCAAAAAAAGACUUUACAUUUCAUAUUUUGCUGGUUCAAAGAGUGUCUUUGUUUCUGUGAGCUUCUGUUGCUAAUUUCGCUAACAUAGUUAGCCAAUGCUAAUAUAAUUAGCUGAUGCUAUUUUUGCCUUCAAAAUUUAACUCUUUCUGGAUGUUUCACUUGCAACCAAGAAAAAUAAAAUGUAUCGGAAACAAAGAAAAUAAGCAAAGCAAAACAAAAAGUUUAAGAGUAGAGCAAAGAAACUGAAAGCAUUGUUUAGCUAGCUGCUAGCUCGUUACGUCAGGUAGCUAGUACCUUGAAAAACAAUGGAAAACGAUUCCAUUGUUAACCAUUUAUCACCCCAAUCUUAAAUAGACUUGAGACAUAAUAUAAGUCGACGUUUGGAAGCAGGAUUAUUGUUUUCAGGUGAAUCUCAGCUAACCUGAGUGAUUUUUGAACAUAUGCUAAUUAGAUGUGGUUUUAUCCAGAGUGCAUUAGAUGUACUGUGUCAUUAACGGCUGAAGAUCUGGGAUUAAAACAAAUAAACGGAGCUCUACCCUGUCAGACCAGAUGGAUGUAAAAACCUGGCCGUUUUAAACCUCCAGACAUUGCAUGUCAGAGCAACUGGCAACCAAAGGACAGCGGCCAUUUUGGUCCUCCGAAACGCCCAAACUUCCGCACUUAACGCCAACUAAGAGUCGUGGUAGAAAAAGUUUUUUAAAAACAGAACAAUAACAAAUCUACAGAUAUUAUCAGACAGAUGUAUUUAAACUACUUAGAUGUUUUUUUUUUUUGGCUUAUAAAUGUAAAUGAGUUUAAUCGAGGCGUGUGGGAGGUAGCACAUGGAUCCGCUGUUACUGUUUUCUACAGGACUGUGAAUCUGAUUCUCAGUGGACAGUAAAAAACGUUUUUUUAUGCAAGUGAAGCCAGCGGCUCCGUCCUCACACUGAGCGACUCGAGAUUUUCCUCUCGGAUCUCACAACCAGAGCCGCCACCAUGCUCACAUUCAGGCCUAACCAGGAUCUAUCAGGUAUAAAGACUUUCUUCUUUAGUCUCUCAAAUGGACGUUUUCUGUUGGUUUUUUCCCUUUGUAGCAGAGCAUUAACGGUUAAACCUCAGUGCAGUUUGCACACUGCAGAAAUAAAAUAUUCAUGUACAUGCUAGCAGCAGGUAAAAAUAUGUAAAAUAGUAAUUUUGUGAGGGACAACUGGAUUACAGAAAAUAAAAAAGAGGGCUGGGCAAUAUGAGAAAAUAUACUAAAACCACAAGACCUCUGUAGGUGUACUGCAGCCACAUUUAAUACAGACUUGAAUGGAAAUGUAGUGAUUCCAACAGAUUUCGACUUUGUUUGUUACAAAUGAAGACAGUUUAUUGUGUAAUAUUAUUACAAUUUCAUAAUUUUCACCUUAAAAUGACCAUUUGGAGCUGUGUGUGUCAUUUUUAUACAUUAAAUCCAACAUUUCAUUCAUCUUUAUGAUGUGCAUCAAAAAAGUGCUUUUAAUCUCUGUAAAAAAGCACAAUCUGGCUAACUGCUUCUCAGUUUUUAUUUUUACUUUCUUCCAAGCGUCAUAAAAAACAAACAUGAAUCUAAUCUGGUCACAUUAGGAUGAGACUUCAUGUUCAGAAGCCACCAAAAUGCUAAUAACUAGCUAAUAUUAUUGUCCAAAAUUAGACUUAAGCAAAGGUAUUUUUGUUCCUUUGUAAAAACUGAAAAUACAGCAACAAUUAGCAUUACCUAACACUUUGAAACUGUAAAAUAUUUAGGUAACUAUGCAAAUCUAAAACCUUCAGAUUUUUAAUCUACCAAAGGUGGAGAAAAGAUUUUAGUUGAAAUCCAGUUCAGGCUACAAUAUUUUUACAUAUUUGUGUUGUUUUUUUUCCCCCUUUUCUUUAAACAAAGUGUGAGUUCAAAAUGUAAAAAAAAUUGUCUGAACCAGUCCAAACUGUUUAAUUUGCUGUGGUCAAAAUGCUAACUAUUUUAAGUCAAAAUGUUUAACUAGUUUCUGUUAAACUGUAGGCUAAUCGCUGUUGGGAAGUGUAGUUCUUUAAAGGAAAUAAAAACAUGAAAAUGUGCCAGAACAGUCAAGCUAGGUGCCAACUGUAAUUCAGUUUGAUUUAUUUGACAAAAAUAAAUUUUAACUCUUGAUACUUUGAAACGACUUCAAACCAAUCAGUGAACCAGUUUAAUUUGUAAUUAGUGGAAAAACCUUUCUAGAUAUUUGUUCAAGGCUAAGCAGAAUACAGUAAUAAGAAAUCUAAAAAAAAUAAAAAAUAAACAAUUUUUAUAGCAUUAACUUACAGCAUUAAAAAAGUUAAUGCUAAUUUGUUUUUAGCCUACUUAAGUUUUAGACUUUUAUAGUCCUUUUGUGGAAAAUGUACAGUUUAAAUAUUAUUUCCUGGCUUUAAAUAAAUAAAUGACAGAGCAGCUCUGAACCGGUCUGAACCGGUUCCGACUGGCUCAGUCUAUCAAAAUAGCCUGGUUGCUGAUUUUCAUGUUGUAUUCUUAAAUCUCAUGAUUUAAAACUUUAAACUGCAACACAAAUGGAUUAUUAAAUUAUAAAUACAAAAUUAAAAUUAAAAAUGUACAAAUAUUUAUGAAUCAUAACAAGUAGAGAGUUAUUAAAACAAUGAAAAGGAAAGAAUACAAUAACCCUACGGUAAGUUAAAGCCUUUCUUUAAAUUUAAGGUUUUAUUUUUUUUUGUAAUUUUUUAAUCUUUCAAUUAAAAACUUCCCAUGUUAUAAGUAUUAUUAAUAUAAUAUAAUAUUCCUGUAACCGAAUACCUCACUUAAUUGUCUAAAUGGUUGUUUGAGAUGCUAAUCCAUUGUUAGCUUCUAGCGAGCUAAAGCUAAUGGAUGUGAAGAUUUUAAAUUUAGAGAAAUGUUCUAUAUUUAUUUAAAGCUUUAUUAGUUGUUGGUUUCCUGUAAAAUGAAGUUGUAUUAAUUGUGGCUCAGACAUCUUGUGUUUUUUAAAUAUAUUUUAAAAAUACCGUAUAUAAAAAGUAAAUGUUGCCCAGCUAGCAACACAAAGACGUUAACCCAGUUUGUCCUCCUGAAACUUCAGGAACAAACAUUUAAGUUUAGGAUGUGUUUUUGCAUAAAGUCUUGAUUUAUUUUAAAGGUGCAGUUUUUAAAAAUGCCACGAUAAGCCUUUUAAUUUUUCCUCUAGUUGUUUUUGGUUUGGCUGAGGUCUCUUCAUUUAUUAACACGUUGUUUUUAGCCAGUUAGUCGGAAACGAACCAGAUUGGUUCUGGUUCUGUUAAAGGAAUCCAGAGGGAAAAGUCGGAUCUGCGUUUUCGUUUUUUUGCUGUGAACUUUUUCUUUCUCUUCUGUCUUCAUUUUUAUUAUUUCCCAACAAAAUAAACCCCAAACAAACGACUGCUAAAUUUUAACGAGUCAUUGCGAAGUGACGAUCUUCCUGCCUCCGAACUUCGUAAAAUCCGACAUUUCCUUCUGAGUUAUUCCGCCUUAUUUUAUUUUACUCUCUAAAUAUUUUCAUGUUCAAACUGUGAAAAACAGCCAAACCUCAUCACCUACAUCAUCACCUGGGCUCCAUUUUGUUUGUUUUUGGUAACUCUGCUUUUCUACAACAUGCCAAACUUUGUUUUCUUGUUUCUUUAGCUUAAGUCUGAAACUACUUGCUUUUUAAUAUUUUUUACUGUGUGAAUUUAAUGUUUAGUAUAAAGAAUAUACAGUAACUUUGACCACAAUAUGCCUAAUUAUAAAUCAAAUCAUUUAAACAUAAUCACUUAAUGAGAUUACUCCUUACUGUUGAUUCCUCAAAGUAUAUCCUAAUAUAUUGAAGCAGAAAAUGAAAUUUAGUGAAUGAACUUUUAAUAUUGUACUUUUUGUUUGUUUUUUAAGGAGGUACCUGAGGAGCUCUUAAUAGAUGAACCUGAAAGGUUUUAUGUGAAGCUCUUAUGUUGCAUGUGUCUGUUGCUAAAUCAUGUUGGAAACAGGGGUGGGAGGGGGGUUGUAUGUGAAGGCCAAAGGUCGAUUAGUUCAAGUAAAAAAAUAAAAUAAAAUGUGAAGAAGCUUCUUUCACGAUGACCACUAGAUCACUCACAGGUUGUUUCUCCUCCAGAGGAAAUAAAGCACUUUAAGUGUAAACCU